AUGAAGAUCAGGAUACGCAUUCGGGAGCAGCUAUGUUUCCUCAUCGCCAUCACAUCGUUACUGGCGUUGAUGGUGCUCGCGGUCUCAACAUGGGUACAGAGUCGCCACUAUCUGAUGGAAAGCCGGCAGCAGACUCUGCAAGUCACGGCCAACCUCAAGGCCGAUCAACUUUCGCAAGAUCUGAGAUUGUUCCAAGAAGCAGUCCAGUCAAUCACUACGAGGGACGUGCUGCAGGGGUAUGUCAGAGGAUAUGACAAUGGCAAUACCACCGACGAGCUUAGAAACGCCCUCGCCACCAACAUGGACCACGCGCUCUCGGCUGGCUCAGAAGAUGCCAUAUAUCUACAAGGAGCCGUCUACGCUCGGGACGACAGCAACUCCGGAGCAUUGAUUGUCAACACUACCGGCACUGGUGCAAGGCGAUUCACAUUGCCCUACACCUAUCCCAACGGCACUGCGGUUAUGUUCGGCGAUCCUGGACUUGGCUAUCCUCCGACCCUGUACCCCAACCUCACUUUCAAUGGCGACAACUCAACCGUACGGUACGACAACAGAGUGUUGAACUACACUUCGUCCUUACUCCUCGGCCCACUGUACUUGCCCAAGGACAACAUUACCUUGAUCUCGUUCACUGUCGCCAUCAACAACAACACCAGCCGCACCGAAGUGCUUGGGUGGCUGACAGUUGUUCUCGAUGCGCGAAAUAUGUACGACAUUAUCAAUUCAAGAGUCGGCCUGGGUCAUUCGGGAGAAGUGGUCAUCAUAGGACCCGAUCGGGUGAACAACUUGUUCGAGAGGGACAUCAUGGGCAUGCCCGCAGCCAACAUCGAGGACAUAGAGGUCCAGUUCAAGUUGCCUCCAUAUGCGGCCCGUCAUCCUGCGCGAAAGGACGAUCCAUAUCUACCAUUUCCAAUGCGUUGGUAUCCUGCCAUUGUUCGAGCUUGGUCAACGGACAGUGGCUCGAUCAAUAAUGCUGGGACUCUGUGGAAGACCCACAACGAGAAUAACGCCUCGAUCGCUGUUGGCUACGCCAUCGUGGACUCCCCAAUCGUUGAUUGGGUUGUCGUCUUCGGCCAGGCAAGGAGUGAGGUCAACGGGCCUAUCAAUUCGUUGAGAAACACAGUCCUGGCAUGUGUCUUCUCGGUUGUUGGUGCAAUUAUCAUCGUUUGCUUCCCUAUCGCACACUAUGCAGUCAAGCCUAUCGAUGCCCUCCGGACGGCAACCGACAACUCAGUCAUGACAUAUGAAACAUAUGCACCCCCGUCCAUUAAGUCGAACAAGUCGGACACUGGCACUGAGAACACCGAAAAGUCCCUACUCAGCUGGGCUAACGACGCAGAAAAGGGCGAAUGCAGACUCACCGGCAAGGUCGAUAAGAAGAAGUCCAAAGGCAAGAAAGUUCGCUCUUUCCAGAUACCGCAAAGGGUGCCCGACAGAAAGCACUUCAUACACGACGAACUUACGGACUUGACAUACAAGUUCAACGACAUGUCUGACGAGCUCGGUAUACAGUACGCGAAGCUCGAAGACCGUGUGAAGGAUCGCACGGCAGAACUCGAGAAGAGCAGGAAUGAGGCGCAGGCCGCCAAUGAGAGCAAGACAUUGUUCAUCGCAAACGUAUCGCAUGAACUGAGAACGCCACUGAAUGGCAUCAUUGGCAUGUGUGCAGUCGCAAUGCAAGAGGAGGACGUGAAGCGGAUCCGACAGUCUCUGAAGAUUAUUUACAAGUCGUCUGACUUGUUAUUACAUCUGCUCAACGACUUGCUCACUUUCAGUCGCAGUUCAUAUGGGCAGCAGCUAUCGAUAGAGGAGAACACCUUCAGGCUAGUCGACGUCGGAAACCAGCUCAUCUCGAUCUUUGAAAAGCAAGCUAAGGACGCGGACGUCGGGUUGAAAGUCGUGUUCCUUGGGGCGGACUCCACAUAUCCCAACUCAGAAGACGAGCCAGAAGAUGCCAUCAUCGCCAGACGGGAUGUAGCUGGAAAUCUACGACGAGUCGAGACAAGUGUACUGGCUAGAGGCCCAGCCGAUGUGGGACCCCUGAGACAAGUCGGCCUUCGUGGGGACAAGAACAGAAUCUUACAGAUCUUGAUGAAUCUGGUCAGCAACUCGCUGAAGUUCACACCAGCGAAAGGACAGAUAGAGGUCCGCAUACGUUGUCGAGGUAUGGUCGAUAUGGCGCUGGCUGCAGAUGACAUGUCAAAUGCCAACACCCUGGACGACACCACGGACACGGCGAACGACAGCAUACCGCAGAUCAAGGUUCGGAAACCAUCAGGGAAAGAGCCUGACCUACCCAAUCAGGCGGCCUCCAAAGGUCUUGUCUUUGACUUCGAAGUCGAAGACACUGGGGCAGGCAUUCCAGGGCACCUGCAAAAGGAGGUGUUCAAGCCUUUUGUGCAAGGCGACCUUGCUUUAAGCAAAAAGCACGGCGGCACAGGCUUGGGGCUUUCAAUCUGUAGCCAACUAGCGGAGUUGAUGGGCGGCGAUAUCAGCUUGAAGAGCACACCAGACAUAGGCAGUACCUUCACGCUCCGACUACCUCUGAAGUACACAAAGGAGACAGUGCCCUCCGUGUCAGGAUCACUAGCCCGAUCUGGUCGAAGAGGCAGCAUGACCAGUUCCGUUCAAUUCGAGACGUUCAGCAACCGGUCUGGAAUGUCUCGACAGAGGCCACCUCACCGAUCGCCACAGUCCAAAGGCACGUCGAUCGUCUCGGUGGAGAACGCCCCAGGAAUGGAGAAGCCCCGGAUAGUUGGCUUUUCGCAGCCAUUUAUCCUGGAUGACGACGACGAUGAUGAGGCAGAAGAUAGGCCCAAAGAACCAGACCGCCGAUCAACAAGCUACCAUAGGCCACGGCUGGAAGCUAUCGCGUCCGCAUCGCAGGACGGUCCGUCAAUGCUUCAGACUCUGCACUCAGGGAUUGAGACUCCCGCGGAGACUUCAGGCGAAAAGCACACGGCGUCUUUGCGACCACCAAUUAGUCAGGCCACGACUGCCACAUCACUGUCAGGAGCGCUCCAUACCGAACCUCCGGCAACGCCGGCACCCGAACCGUCUGACGCCGACAGCCCACCUCCUUUCAGAGUUCUCGUAGCAGAAGAUAAUCCAAUAAACCAACAAGUAAUCCUCCGCCUCCUCAAACUCGAAAAGAUCUCCGACAUCACGCUCGCCGAAGACGGCCUACAAGCCCUCGACUUCGUACAGCACUCCCUUUCGAAUCCAAGUACCAUGCAACCUUACAGCCUGAUCUUCAUGGACAUCCAAAUGCCACGCAUGGACGGCAUCGAAGCCACCAAGAAGAUACGAGAGCUGGGUUUCGAGGCGCCUAUUGUGGCGCUGACGGCGUUUGACCAUGAAUCGAAUCGAAAGGGCUGUGAAGAGGUUGGGAUGAAUGCGUUUUUAGGUAAGCCGAUCAAGAGGACGGCUUUGAAGAGGGUUCUGGGGGGGUUUGGGAGAGCAGUGGGUUCUGCUGGGAGUCGGCAGGAGAAGGUGGGUGGAGUGGCCGAGGCUACAAAAGCUGAUGAUUCCAAGGAAGGCGGUGCCACAACCGAGUAUUGA